UAUCAGAGUUAUUUUUUACUCUUGUGUGGGACGGCACAUUGCUUGCAAGCCUGAGGAACUGGCAAGACUACAGGGAUAAGAACCUGGAUAUCAGUCUUUCUCAAUAUGGAGUGUUCCAGGUGGAAAAGUAAAUUACUGGCUACAAGUAUUCUUACCAUCAUCAUUCUGUUUUGUCCUGUUACCCAUGGAAUUGAUAUUUUGGUUGUUCCUGUUGAUGGAAGUCAUUGGAUUAAUAUGAGAACAUUAACAGAAGAACUGAGACUUCAUGGUCACAAUAUCACUGUACUUCAUUUCUCCACAGCUUGGUACAUAAAGGAGAUGUCUGAUGUAUAUCAGUCUGUAGUGAUUCACCUACGAGAGUGCCUUAGUCAAAAAGAAACAGAAAGUUUGGUACAAGCAUAUAUACAAAAGACUUUGAGUGCCUUAAAGAAUGGCUUGACACCAUGGGCCUUUGUUCAGCUACGAUAUCAGCUUUGGUCCACUUUGUAUUCAUACCAUCGUUGUGCUGCAGAGCUUAUCACUGCAAUUUUUAAUAACGAAACUGUUUUGAGGCAACUUGAAGAUGCUAAGUUUGACUUAGUACUUACUGAUCCUGCUUUGGGCACAGGUCCAAUGCUUGCUUACUAUUUAAAAAUUCCUUUGGUGCACAAUGUUCGAUGGUUCAUGAGUGGGGAAGCUCAUUUCCUCUCUGCCCCAUCACCACUUUCAUAUAUCCCAGUCCCUGGAUCACAAUAUACAAGCAAAAUGAGUUUUCCGCAAAGAAUACAAAAUGUAUUUCAUAAUCUUCUUCAGUUAACAGCUUCAACAUUUGUCAUUCAGCCAAUUUAUAAUGAACUUUGCCAUCGCUAUCUGGGCCCAGACACAGACAUUGAGACUGUUCUCCUAAGGGCAGAUGUGUGGCUGAUGAGAGUAGAUUUUAUAUUUGAAUUCCCGAGACCCACCAUGCCAAAUAUUGUUUAUGUUGGAGGAUUCCAGUGUAAACCAUCCAAACCUCUAGAGGCAGAGUUUGAGGAGUUUGUCCAGUCCUCAGGGGAAUAUGGGAUUAUUGUCAUGUCAAUGGGGACCAUUGUCAGCUCUUUGCCAAUGCAUGUUACAAUGCAAAUAGCAGAGGCUCUUGCUCAAGUACCUCAGAAGGUUAUCUGGAGACACAAUGGAAAGACCCCUCCCAACAUUGGAAAUAAUACCCUACUGGCAAAAUGGAUCCCUCAGAAUGAUCUACUUGGACACCCAAAGACACGAGCUUUCAUUGCCCAUGGUGGCACCAAUGGAGUUUAUGAAGCCAUCUAUCACGGGGUGCCAGUAGUUGGCAUACCUCUGCUUUUUGACCAGUUUGAUAAUUUACUCAAACUUGAAACCCGAGGUGCUGCAAAAGUGAUUAAUGUCGCAAACAUGCAGUCAACAGAUCUAUUGCAGGCACUUAAUGAGGUUAUAUAUAACACAUCUUAUCGGGAGAACAUGCAGAAACUCUCUGCUCUCCACAGAGACCAACCCGAGUCUCCAAUGGAGAGAGCUAUUUUCUGGAUUGAGUACGUUGCCCGACACAAAGGGGCAGCACAUUUACGCUCAGAAUCUUACCGACUCCCCUGGUACGUUUACUAUUGUGUAGAUGUGAUGAUCUUCCUGGUGUCUUUGUUCCUCAUGGGUACAGGGCUGACAGUUGUCCUGUUGAAGAAACUUUGUAGCAUUGUUUGGAAGAAUAAACUAAAAAUUCAGUAAUGUUGAGUCUUAUAAACUAAAAGAGGAACAUUGAGUUUUUCCAAUUUUAAAAUAAGAGAGUUUAAAUGCAGAAGGUAAAUGCAUGUACUGCCCUGUCAAGUACUGUAUCAUGAAUUUUAAUAAUGAUUAGCAUUAGAAGUUCGCAGUGCAUCAGCCUAUAAUAGUCCUUUUGUACAGAUAUGGACAUGGAAAUGCUUAAAUACUUAAAUUUUACAGGGAAGAGCAACAUGUAUUUCCACAUAUCUAGAAUUAACCAUCACAUUCAUUCACAAGUGUUGAAGAAUAUAGAUGAAAAUAUAGAACACCUUGGAAUCAUCAGCAGUGCCAGCCACUUCCCCAUCCCACCUGUUUUCAAAAACUCACUAUUUCCACUCCAACUCAUUGUCAGCUUGUUGGGACCUCUGGUUUCUUAUACCACAUCUAAGGCAGAUUACUACCUAAAUGGAAUCAAUUUAGGUAAAUGGGCAGUAUAAAGAGAUCUGAGUGUUCUUGUACACCAGACAAUGAAGGUAAGCAUGCAGGUACAGCAGGUAGUGAAGAAGGCUAAUAGCAUGCAGGCCUUCAUAACAAGAGGGAUUGAGUAUAUAAGCAAAGAGGUUCUUCUGCAGCUAUACAGGUCCCUGGUGAGGCCACACCUGGAGUACUGUGUGCAGUUCUGGUCUCCAAAUUUGAGGAAAGACAUUCUGGCUAUUGAGGGAGUGCAGCGUAGGUUCACGAGGUCAAUUCCUCGAAUGGCGGGACUACCUUACACUGAAAGACUGGAGCGACUGGGCUUGUAUACCCUUGAGUUUAGAAGACUGAGAGGGGAUCUGAUUGAGACAUAUAAGAUUAUUAAGGGAUUGGACACUCUGGAGGCAGGAAAUAUGUUUCCGCUGAUGGGUGAGUGCCGAACCUGAGGACACAGCUUAAAAAUACGGGGUAGACCAUUUAGGACAGAGAUGAGGAGAAACGUCUUCACCCAGAGAUUGGUGGCUGUGUGGAAUGCUCUGCCCCAGAGGGCAGUGGGGGCCCAGUCUCUGGAUUCAUUUAAGAAAGAGUUGGAUAGAGCUCUCAAGGAUAGUGGAAUUAAGGGUUAUGGAGAUAAGGCAGGAACAGGAUACUGAUUAAGGAUGAUCAGCCAUGAUCAUAUUGAAUGGUGGUGCAGGCUCGAAGGGCAGACUGGCCUACUCCUGCACCUAUUGUCUAUUGUCACAUGUUUCUUUAGUUUUAAUGUUGUCCUGGCAAAUUAUUGAGCCAGAAAACAUCGUGAGAAAUGCUUCCUCAAUUACUGCAUGGUUCAUUUGACCAUAAGACCAUAAGAUAUAGGAGUGGAAGUAAGGCCAUUCAGCCCAUUGAGUCCACUCCGCCAUUCAAUCAUGGCUGAUGGGCAUUUCAACUCCACUUAACCGCAUUCUCCCCGUAGCCCUUAAUUCCUCGAGACAUCAAGAAUCUAUCAAUCUCUGCCUUGAAGACAUUUAACGUCCCAGCCUCCACUGCACUCUGCGGCAAUGAAUUCCACAGGCCCACCACCCUCUGGCUGAAGAAAUGUCUCCGCAUUUCUGUUCUGAAUUGACCCCCUCUAAUUUUAAGGCUGUGUCCAUGGGUCCUAGUCUCGUCACCUAACGGAAAUAAUUUCCUAGCGUCCACCCUUUCCAAGCCAUGUAUUAUCUUGUAAGUUUCUAUUAAGUCUCCCCUUAAUCUUCUAAACGCCAAUGAAUACAAUCCCAGGAUCCUCAGCCGUUCCUCAUAUGUUAGACCAACCAUUCCAGGGAUCAUCCGUGUGAAUCUCCACUGGACAUGUUCCAGUGCCAGUAUGUCCUUCCUCAGGUGUGGGGACCAAAACUGGACACAGUACUCCAAAUGGGGCCUAACCAGAGCUUUAUAAAGUCUCAGUAGCACAACGGUGCUUUUAUAUUCCAACCCUCUUGAGAUAAGUGACAACAUUGCAUUCACUUUCUUAAUCACGGACUCAACCUGCAUGUUUACCUUUAGAGAAUCCUUGACUAGCACUCCCAGAUCCCUUUGUACUUUGGCUUUACGAAUUUUCUUACCGUUUAGAAAGUAGUCUAUGCUUUUAUUCUUUUUUCCAAAGUGUUGGUGUUUACUGGCUUGAUAUUUCCUUGUUGGUCAGUUCUAGAUAUCCUUAC